CUCUCUUCCUCUCUCUCACUCUCGGUAUGCUCAGCCACGAACAGAACCAACUCCAUCUCUCUCUCCCUAACUACAGAGCAGGCCGCCGCCGGCUCGAUCUGCCACUUCCGGCCAUCUCCGGUGACACCGCGGACACCCACAGAAUCCCCUCGACUCCCUCUACCAUAUCCCCCCAUUUAUUUGAUCCACCGCCGCCUAAAUCGUCGCCACCAUCUAACCCCAGCGCCGCCUGCCUCGGGUCCGGUGGGUUCGCCACCGCCCGCGGCGGCAACGACAUCUACCUGCCUAUGCCCUCCACCAGUGCAGCCACACGCACGAGGCGUGCAACCACGGCCGUCGGGCGCGAGCGGCUUCACUGGCGCAGCUUCGGCAACAUGCCGCUAUCGGUGUUUGACUCCUUCAUCUACUGCUACCACUCAAGGUAACUAGAGUCCAGAAGAUCAGGUGUUCAUGUUCUAAGCAAAGGUAAAGAUGGAUCAAGGUGCCAAGCAUCAAGCAAACAGAGCUGCAAAAGCAAGGUACUUGAAUAGUACCUGAUCGCAACUCAGCAUUCGACCAAAAGAGUGGAUGGGGAUGGUGGGAAGAGCUCGGUUCUCUCUCUUGUGCGUGUUGUGUGCAGUAGAGGAAGUGAAAGGUGAAAGGUGCAGGCUGCUAUUUAUAGUAGUGGAGGAUGCUAUGUCGGUUUGGUAAAAUGAAGCAGGUGGCUGGCAUGCAUGGUUGCAUGCGCAUGCAAGGCUCCACUUGUAAUCAUGUGAGCGGUACAAUGGACAAGUGUGUAGUGCUUGAUUGGACAUUAGUUGGCAUUACUUUGUGUGUAAGGAAUGAGACAAGGCCCCAGUUGUAAAUCUGCAAACUAUAAGGGAGUUGGAGAAGAACCGUUGUACAUGGCUAAAUACUAACUUUUUUGGUUGCAAUAAUUUUUUGAUAUUA